UAUCCUUCGUAGGAAUUUCACAAUGAAAAGCCAUGCGUAACAGACUUAAUCGGAGAGGUCUUUUCCGUCCACGUGUUUUGUCUUGUUUAUAGGGCGAACUAUCUCGCUUACAGUUGACUUUGCAGUGUAUUAUCGGAAUUCGGCUUCCAACAUAUCUGGGAUUUCCUAUACGUUAAUAUUCUGAAGUGCCGCCUUUUGGAGAAUGCAUUUUCCCGACCAUUACAGGCAAGUGCCCAGUUCGCCCCGUUUGUAAGCGUAUUCGGUUGUAGUACGAUGCGGCUUUCUGGAGGCGGAGGAUCAAGCGUUGCUGUUCCAGCUGCCGUGAAAGCGAGCGGUGGGGAAAAACACUGAAAAGCGGGAGAAAUACGCCGGAAACCUUCAAUCAGUUACAGGCAGCUCCUGCAGUGACUCAGUAUCAUGGAGCCGCACAGCGGGCCUCCCGCCGCAGCAGAGGACAGCUCGGCUCUGGGGCUGCUGGGAGCCGCAGGGACUCACGACGCCCUUGACAGGGGACUGAGGCCCUACCUGCACCUGGAGGAAGACGACCUCGUACCUGAGCUUCCCAGGAGCAUCCACCCCCGAGAACGACCCGACUGGGAGGAGACAAUCAGCGCCAUGGCGCGUAGCGCUGAGAUCCCCGAGCUGGCGUCCGAGCCCCCCCUCCGGUCCUGCGGAAGCACCGCCAGCAUGAAGGUCAAGAACGUCAAAAAGCUGUCUUUCACCAAGGGCCAUUUUCCCAAGCUGGCCGAAUGCGCCCAUUUCCACUACGAAAACGUUGACUUUGGAACUGUGCAGCUGGCAUUGGCGGAGGAGCAGAAGGAAGUGACCCGAAACGGCCAGGAGCUGAAGGAGCUGGUGUACCUGGUCCAGAUCUGCUGCCAGGGCCGCAGCUGGAUCGUAAAGCGCAGUUAUGAGGACUUCCGCGUCCUUGACAAACACCUCCACCUGUGUAUCUAUGACCGCCGCUUCUCCCAGCUUCCUGAGCUGCCCCGAUUCGACAGUCUGAAGGACCAAUCAGAGACAGUCUCCCAGAUGCUGAUGGCUUACCUUUCCCGUCUGUCAGCAAUUGCUGACAACAAGAUAAACUGCGGGCCUGCCCUCACAUGGAUGGAGAUUGAUAACAAGGGGAACCACCUGCUCGUGCACGAGGAGUCCUGCAUCAAUGUUCCCGCCAUCGCCGCCGCCCACGUUAUCAAGCGCUACAUCGCCCAGGCGGGCGACGAGCUGUCCUUCGAGGUUGGGGAUAUUGUCUCUGUCAUCGACAUGCCCCCUAAAGAGGACACUACCUGGUGGAGAGGGAAGCAUGGCUUUCAGGUUGGCUUCUUUCCCAGCGAGUGUGUGGAGCUGAUCAAUGACAAGGUCCCCCAGUCUGUCACCAACUCUGUUCCAAAACCAGAUUUGGAGAUGGACAGUGUAAAGCAGGAUAAUGCAUGGGUUCCUGACCCUCUAAACCACUACAGGCUGAGUUCAGUGUCUAAGAAGCACGGGAAGCUGAUCACCUUUCUGCGCAGCUUCAUGAAGUCGCGGCCCACCAAGCAGAAGCUGAAGCAGAGGGGGAUCCUCAGGGAGAGGGUGUUCGGCUGUGACCUGGGAGAGCACCUGCUCAACUCCGGCCAUGACGUCCCCCAGGUCCUCAGAAGCUGCACAGAGUUCAUUGAGAAGCAUGGCGUGGUGGAUGGCAUGUACCGUCUCUCCGGGAUCGCCUCCAACAUCCAGAAACUGCGGCAUGAGUUCGACUCGGAGCAGAUCCCUGACCUGACCAAGGAUGUGUACAUCCAGGACAUUCACUGUGUGGGGUCUCUGUGCAAGCUGUACUUCCGCGAGCUGCCCAACCCUCUGCUCACCUACCAGCUCUACGAGAAGUUUUCCGAGGCAGUGUCCGCAGCCACAGAUGAGGAACGGCUCAUCAAAAUCCAUGAUGUCAUCCAGCAGCUGCCUCCUCCGCAUUACAGGACACUGGAAUUUCUCAUGAGGCACUUGUCUUACUUGGCGACCUUCAGCUAUGUUACCAACAUGCACAGUAAAAACCUGGCCAUAGUCUGGGCUCCUAACCUGCUCAGAUCUAAGCAGAUCGAGUCGGCCUGCUUCAGCGGCACAGCUGCCUUCAUGGAGGUGCGCAUCCAGUCGGUUGUGGUGGAGUUCAUCCUCAACCAUGUGGAUGUGCUCUUCAGUCCCAAACUCAGCUCGCUGAUCCGGGAGGGGACAGGUCACGGCUCUCUGUCUCGGCCCAAGUCCCUGCUCAUCUCCUCCCCCUCCACCAAGCUGCUGACCCUGGAGGAGGCCCAGGCUCGGACCCAGGCCCAGAUCAACUCCCCCGUCACAGCCGACAGCAAGUACAUUGAGGUGGGGGAGGGGCCGGCUGCCCUGCAGGGCAAGUUCCACACCAUCAUCGAGUUCCCCACCGAGAGGAAGAGGCCCCCCGGGAAGGUGAGGAAGUCUCCGGUGGGCAGCUGGCGCUCCUUCUUCAGUCUGGGGAAGUCGUCCUCCAUGGCCAAACGCAAGCUGCAGCGCAACCCCAGCGAGCCCAAUGAGAUCAAGAGCAUGGCGCUGGCGGGAGGCAGAGGGGACACAGGAACUCUCCGAUCUGCCAAAAGCGAGGAGUCCCUCUCCUCUCUGCACAAUGUGGAAGGUGAGGCGAAGGUGUACCGGCCGCGGCGGCCCCGCUCUAGCAGCGACGCGCUGUCCGCCUCCUUCAACGGCGACCUGCUGGACAGCCGGCACCACUGCAACUCCUACGACAACCUGCCGCGGGGCGACAGCGACGGGGACGAGGGCCACCUGCGGGUCCCGGCCCUGAUCUCGCCCCCCCGCUCCGCCGAGGACGUGGACCUGAGCCCCCCUGACAUCGGCGUGGCUUCCCUGGACUUUGACCCCAUGUCCUUCCAGUUCAGCCUGCCUGCCACCGAGCCCGCCUUCCCCUCAUUGGAGUUUGAGGGCAGCGGCAGUGGGUCCGAGCCCGUCUCACCCUCCCCUGAGCGGCUGGACAGCCCCCUGCCGUCACCCGGAACCAGCCCGCCGCUCCGGGAGGCCGAUGCCUCAUCCCUGUCGCCCACAGGCCCAAAGUCACCCACAUCACCCCUUCUGGGCAUAUCGGAGCCCGCGGAAGGUCCCAUGGCCACUCCUUUUUCGGAGAACGCAGCAUCACCACCCGCUGCCCCUCCUCCUCUGUCCCCCUCAGCCCAGCCGAUCUCCGCACCCCAGGGGACCCCCGAAAAGCCGCAGACCGAGGGACACCAGCACGUACCGCAGGGGGAGGUGUCUGCUGACCCCAGCACAGAGAGCAGAGGCCCUGAGCCGGCCCCACCCACCUGCAGCCAGAGCCAACCAGGAGCUGUAUUUCUGGACUCCCCAGGGGCCCCCGCCCCCAUGAGCUCGGUGUCCCUCCUCCCCCCGCCGCCCCCUCCGAAAAACGCUGCCCGCAUGCUGGCGCUGGCCCUGGCCGAGUCUGCUCAGCAGGCCAGCAUGCUGUCCCAGCGCAGGGCGUCAGGCCCCCCCACCCCCGUCUCCCCCCUCCGCCCCCCCGAGCUUGCAGGCACCCCGGAGUGGCCCACUCCACCUCCCUUCCAACCGCACACAGGUCCCGGCGGGACGACAGGGAGAGGCGAGCCCCCCGCCCCACCUACCACCACGCCUGCUGCGGAGGGGCAGACCCCAGCAGCCAGGACCAGGUCACCCCCUGCCCCCUGUGCCAGCCAGGCCAUCGAUCUUGGACCCGGCGGUACCAGCGGCGCUACCAGUGAUGGUGCCAGCAGCACCUUGCAGCAGGCCAGCGCCCUCCAAGCUCCACCCAUCCACGAAAGCCCAGAGAGGAGGCAGCCCGCUAUGGGCCAGGUCCCGGUCAGCUCCCUAAAACAGGGUGGAGCUGCCGUCAAAGAGGGCAUGGCCACCAUAAGGCAGGGAGGAGUCAUUCUCAAGGAAGGUGGAGCUAGCAUCCAGUCAGACACAGAGGUGAGGGAGACCUGGAGAGCUCCUCAGCUGGAGGAGGUGAGGGAGACCUGGAGAGCUCCUCAGCUGGAGGAGGUGAGGGAGACCUGGAGAGCUCCACAGCUGGAGGAGCUGAGGGAGAUCAGGAGAGCUCCCCAGCCAGAGGAGGUGAGGGAGAUCAGGAGAGCUCCACAGCCGGACGAGGUGAGGGAGACCUGGAGAGCUCCUCAGCUGGAGGAGGUGAGGGAGAUCAGGAGAGCUCCACAGCCGGACGAGGUGAGGGAGACCUGGAGAGCUCCUCAGCUGGAGGAGGUGAGGGAGAUCAGGAGAGCUCCACAGCCGGAGGAGGUGAGGGAGAUCAGGAGAGCUCCACAGCCGGAUGCAGAGGUGGGCAUGCUCCCCAUGUCUCCACCCAGGGAGGUGCGGUCUCCCCCCCUCUCCAAACCUGAGCACGGUGUCUCGGUGCCACACCCACGCCCUGGCGCUCCGUCUGCCCGGCCGAUCGCAGUCACCCCUCCCCACCCGGCAGAGCAGCCCUGGGAGGCCGCCCGGCCGCCGCCCCCGCGGUCCGAGCCGCUCCCCCCACACCACGCCUACAGCGCCACGCCCACGCCCCCGACCCCACCGGUCCGCUCCAUGGAGAGCAGGCUGGCGGCCGCCGCCCUCUCCGGCACUGAGGCCGCCAACGCCUCCAACUUCCACGCCAUCCUGGCCGGGGUGUCGGUGCCUGCGUCCGUGGAGGAGGUCUUGCCACAGCCAGCCCCUCCCCCGCGGAAAUCCUCCGCCCACCAGCCGCCCUACCCCUACCACCCCAAAGCUGAGGGCGUGCUGGAGUCACCUGGGGAACGCCCCGACCCCUACUACCACCCCCGCGCUGUUCCCACGGGGCAGUCCUCCAUGGGCUACCACUACAGGCCUGAAAGCGUGCCCCCGCACCUGUCCUGGGCCUCCAAAUCCGACCCCCAGAUCCUCUACAGCGCCCGAGCCGACACCCGCUACGCCACACUGGGACCCAAGUCCUUCCACCAGUCCUUCAAGGCCCGUGGGCCCCCGAGGGGCGAGUUCCUGCCUGGGGGACACAUGGGGCACCGCGCCCAGGGGUUCAUCCUGGACGGGGCGGUGGCGUACCCCACCAUCCGGAGGGUGCACUCGCUGCACGCCCCUCCCACUGGCGUCCGCGCCGUGCCUGUCUCCCGCGCCGAGGUGCCGCCCGACGAUGAACCCUAUCCCCCGCGGCCCUUCUACCCGCACAAGGCGUACCCGCCGCCGCCGCCGGCGCCAUCCGACUACCAUGUCACCCAGCUGCAGCCCUACUUCGAGAACGGGCGUGUGCAGUACCGCUACAGCCCCUACUCGGGAGGCCACGCCCUGGACACACCCUUCUACGACGUGGACCCCUACGGGACGGUCCGGCUGCGGCACGCCCACGGUCACGGUCACCCCCACCCCGGCCGCUCCGCCCCCCCGCCGCACCCCGUCAGGGUGGGGGGCAGGGCCAGUGGGUACCCCUACCUGUCUCGCCACGCCCCCGCCCCGCCUGUGGGGAAGGAGAACAGCUUCGUCAGCCGAGAUGUGCCGCCAGCGGUGUACCUGGCGUGGGACCCCGAGGAGCCGGAGGCGUUCUACUCGCACACCGUCCGGCGAGAGGCCCGGGCCCGGCAGAAGGCCAGGGGCCCCGUGCUGUCCCAGUACGACAACGUGGGCCCCCUGGCGCCCGCUGCUGACCCUGCAGGCCCUGAGAUCCGCCACCUGCGAAGCAAGUCGGACCCCGGGAAGGCCGUGCUCAUGGCGGUUGCGGAGGGGAAGGACGGGCGCUACGGCGCGGCGCCACUAUCCCAGCAUGCACCGCGCCACCCUCCGCCCGACCCUGAGGUUCUCCUGUACGUGGAGCAGGAGAAGCGCUACCAGGGCAACGGGGUGGACGACAAGCCCCCGAAACAGGGUGGGUCCAGGGGCGGCCACCCCCCGCUGCAUCAGGACUUGGGGCGACCCGAUGCCAAGGGCGAGCUGGCAGACCACAAGCAGGGCGCAGGCGGCAGGCACUGGCAGGAGCCCCCCGACGCCCGCUGCCCCCCGUCCCGGUACGAGCGUCCCGACCCGGACAGGCACGCGGCAGGCAGGGUCAAGGUCAGCGGCGGUUACCACGACGACGACCCCCAGGCGAAGCAUGCGGCCCCGCCCAAGCCCGAGCGGCAGCAGGGCGCCAGAGAGCGCCACCACUACACCCUGUCCCGCGCCCCGCCCGCCCACCUGCAGGAGGGGGCGGAGCGGGCGGAGCGGGACCACAGGGGAAACCACUCCUUCCAGCCCCACGGCAAGUGGCUGCUGUCCCACUACGACAACCUGGACGACUACCACCCCAUACCUCAGCCCCCGCCGCAGACUGCCCCCGGCCCCGGCUUCACCCCCCAGCACACUAACAGGACCUACGCCACCGCGCUGGGCCAGGGGGCCUUCGUCCCAGCAGAGCUGCCCAUGCAGAGGCCUGAGGCGGAGAUCCGCGCGGAGUGAGCCUCUGAAC